AUGAGUGGCUUAUUAAAAAUUGUCAAUCCUGUAUCACGAAGUACUUAUUCAAAAAUUAAUAAUUGGAACCGUCCAUUAAUUUGCACAAGAAACUUACAUCGAUCUCAAUAUUAUUCAGCUAAACAGAGUACAGCAGGAACAAAUGCAUAUUCAGUAAUUGAUCAUGAAUAUGAUGCUGUCGUAGUUGGUGCUGGAGGAGCUGGUCUCCGUGCCGCUUUUGGCCUAGUACAAGAAGGAUUUAAAACAGCAGUUAUUACUAAACUAUUUCCAACAAGAUCUCAUACAGUUGCUGCACAAGGGGGAAUUAAUGCUGCGUUAGGGAAUAUGGAAAAUGAUGAUUGGCGAUGGCAUAUGUUUGAUACUGUUAAAGGUUCAGAUUGGUUAGGGGAUCAGGAUGCUAUACAUUAUUUAACUAGAGAGGCACCUGCAGCUGUCAUUGAGUUAGAAAAUUAUGGUAUGCCUUUUAGUCGUACUGAUGAAGGUAAAAUAUAUCAACGUGCAUUUGGUGGUCAGAGCUUAGAAUAUGGAAAAGGUGGUCAGGCUCAUCGUACUUGUUGUGUAGCUGACAGAACGGGUCACUCCCUCUUACAUACUUUAUAUGGAUAUUCAUUAAAAUUUAAUUGCAAUUACUUUGUGGAAUAUUUUGCUUUGGAUUUAAUUAUGGAUAAAGGACAAUGUGUUGGAGUUAUUGCUUUAUGCUUGGAAGAUGGUACUAUUCAUCGCUUUAGAGCUAAGAAUACAGUUUUAGCUACUGGUGGUUAUGCUAGAGCUUACUUUUCAUGUACAGCUGCUCAUACUUGUACAGGCGAUGGUCAAGCUUUAGCAUCAAGGGCUGGUAUUCCAAUGCAAGAUAUGGAAUUUGUACAAUUCCACCCUACUGGUAUAUAUGGCGCUGGCUGUUUAAUGACAGAGGGUUGUCGUGGUGAAGGAGGAUAUUUAAUCAAUGGUUUAGGUGAAAGAUUUAUGGAGAAAUAUGCACCUAAUGCUAAAGAACUUGCAUCUAGAGAUGUUGUAUCUAGGUCAAUGACUAUCGAAAUCAUGGAAGGAAGAGGAUGUGGUCCAGAAAAAGAUCAUGUUUACCUUCAACUAUAUCAUUUGCCAGCUGAACAGCUUCAUGCUCGAUUACCGGGUAUUUCAGAAACUGCCAUGAUAUUUGCUGGAGUUGAUGUUACUAAAGAGCCUAUACCUGUGUUGCCAACAGUUCAUUAUAACAUGGGUGGAAUACCAACAAACUAUAGAGGACAGGUUAUUAAUCCUGAAAAUGGAGAAGAUAAAGUAGUACCUGGAUUGUAUGCUUGUGGUGAAGCUGCAUGUACUUCUGUUCAUGGAGCUAAUCGUCUUGGUGCUAAUUCAUUACUCGAGUUGGUGGUAUUUGGACGUUCUUGUGCUUUAGACAUUGCUAAAUGUAACAAACCUGGAGAUAAAAUACCACGAAUUAGUGAUAAUGCUGGCGAAGAAUCCAUUAAUAACAUUGACAAAUUACGUUUUAAUAGUGGAACAAUACCUACAGCAGACUUACGUUUAGACAUGCAAAAAACUAUGCAACUUUAUGCCGCUGUGUUUAGAACUGGAUCUACACUUGAUGAAGGCCGCAAUAAAAUGCAAGCCAUUUAUUCAAAGCUUAAGGAUAUUAAGAUAAAUGAUCGAUCAAUGGUAUGGAAUUCUGAUUUAGUGGAAUCAUUAGAAUUACAAAACUUAAUGACUACUGCACAGCAAACAAUUGUAUCUGCUGCUGAACGGAAAGAAUCAAGAGGGGCACAUGCACGAGAUGAUUUCAAAGAUCGUGUUGAUGAAUUUGAUUACAAAAAACCGUUGGAAGGACAAACCCAAGUACCAAUUGAAAAUCACUGGAGGAAGCAUACACUUGCAUGUAUUAAUCCAGACUCUGGAGAGAUUAAAUUAACUUAUAGACCUGUAAUUGAUCACACAUUGGAUGAAGAAGAAGUGAAAUCAGUGCCACCCAUGAUUAGAUCUUAUUAA